AUACAUUGCAAUGACGUGGGGUUAUUUAUUGAAAGCUGACUUUCUGUGUCUGCUGGCCGCGUGCUGCAUAUGCCUGUGUCUGCGUGUGCGCCGUGCACCGCCGCACACGCACACGCACAGACACUACAUGCACAUGCACGGACGAAGGGGUGUGCGUCUCCUUCCCUCUCUCUCCAUGUGUGUGUGUCGGCGCCUUGCACCCUGACUCUGUGGGAGGGAUGAGAUGAGUUUGUUAUGUGUAGUCGGCAUGGUCAAGGCAAGUUGAGCGAGUUGCCUGUCCGGUCUGUUGGCUGAGUACUCGAAACCACCUGUCUACCCUGCUUCGAGGAAGGAGGAAAACAGCCAUGCACUGAAAAGAAGCAGAGGGCCCCUGCAACUGACAUACGUGCAUCGAAGAGGCUACAGCGCAUGGCCAUCUGUCUGUUUGUCCAGCUGUCCACGACAAUGGACAGAGAUGACAGACACAGACACACAUCCGUAAAGCACCGACAAAAAGGCACACGUAGGGCAACCAGACAGACAGACAGACAGAGAGAAAGAGAGGAUCUGCCUCAUAAUUUCCUUACACACAGCACCUACCACUCACCACACCAUCCAGCCUACACCACACCACCCACAUGUGUACACGUCCAGUCACGAACCUCACUCAGCCAGCCGAGUUGAAGAAAGAAUGCCAUUAAUGAAUGCAGGAUAGAUCACCCCCUCCCACUCACGGGUGGAUGGCCUUGACACAUGCCUCGAGGCUGUCGCCAUGGGUGAAGGUGAACCGGGUGCGCACCUUCUUCCACAGACCGAAGGCAGAGCAGUGCACUCUGACGUGUGUCUUCCCCGUCACGUGCCACCGCGCCCAGUCCCUCCACAAAUGAAACAACAUCUUCGGUCCGCCAGGGCCCUGCUCGACGCGCCCCACUCCGAUGCCCACUCUGUACGUGUCGAAGCGGUAACAUGCAAUUUGGUUGUUGUGGCCUUCGUGGGGGCUGGGCCGUGCAUCGAAUCCGCGGAUGAUUUCCCACGCCACACGGCCACGCACCUGGAUGCUGAUCGUGGCCUCGGCACACCCCUUGUGAACCUCGCCAACAGACGAUGCCUCGACGCAGAAUGCGAGCGGCUGGUCCCCGGUGUUGAUGCUGAACUUGAGGUAUGCAUCGCCCUCGGUGGUCAGCUCCCCAGCGUCGGCAUCCCACGUCCCACUCCCUGUCAUCCUUCUGAGCUCCAGAGGGAAACGCUGCUGCUUCUUCUCGGGGACGGGGAGCCCCAGCAUGUCGCUGAGCCUCACAUACUCCGCUCGCAGGUCCACGGGGAUGGCCGAUGGGCCCACCUCGGCCAGGUGCCUCUCCAGGCUCUCCCGCUCCAGCCGCUUGACGAUCAGCGCGAAGCUGUCAGCGUCAUAGUGAGGCAGAAGGAUGCGGCCCUGGUCGUCUUUCUUGCAAUGGUCGCUCCAUAUGUCGCUGAGCAUCAGCGUCAGGCAGGAACUCGGAAACUGCGAGCGAAGGUGCGCCACCACAGAUGACGAGAGCGUCAUUGGGCUGCCGCCAACGAUGAGAUCUACAUCCGAAGGGGCAGAAGAGUCGUUCGACGACAGCAUGGUUGUUGAAGGAGGGGGCGGAGCGGACGGCAUGACGGUCGAAUCAGCGACACUGAUGCGCACCCCCCACACACAACAAAGACGAUUUGGGAGAGAUCUCCACCUCGCUUCCCAGCCUGUGCGUACAUACCUCGAGAGCUCGUGCUGCUGCAUCCCUUCAACCAGACGGAGAUCUCUUCAGCCGAAGUCCUGAUGCACACAGAGGCGAGUGCAGGUCUGGGAACCAUCUUCCCUCAUGUGCACACCUGCGCUCCACCCGGAAGUUUCUGG